CUCCAAAACUAUUUGAUACCAAACACAUUAAUAUUAUAUUAAAUAUCUUAUUUCUCCAAUAUUUUUAUAUUCUUGGUCAUUGAUAAUUAAGAAUUUUAUAGUGUAGAGAAGGAACAGAAUGUGGGUCUGAAUUCUGAUUUUUCCUAUGUUAAAUUUUUUUGUCCGUUUUUAGACUAAAAUUCCCAUGAGUUAGAUUCUGAGUUAAGGUUUUUGCAGCGUGGUUUCUGGGUUUUCCUUGGAGCUGGUUUGGACAAUUUUGGCUGCAUGGAUACUGAAAUCUCACUGAAAGAAUCUCUUGCUUUUGGGGGUUCUCGUAUUUCUCCUGAUUGAAUGAUGCAUUUCAUGCAUAGCUUUGGGGUUUGUUGCUUCGUUUGCUGCUGUGAAUAAGGAUACCUGGUGGCGUUGAUUUGGGGUUGUUUGAUUUUAGGUUGUCUGUAUAGGAAGAGGGGAAAAGGAAGAAGAGGGGUAAUUUUAUGGUAGCUCAGAAAAUGGGAUCUCAUGGGGGUGGCAGUAAUAACACUGGGUUGAGCCAAGCCCAACCCCAAUCCCAAAUUCAGAGUCAUGACCCGAACCAGUUGGCUCGGCAAGGAUCAUUGUAUAGCCUCACCCUUGAUGAGGUGCAGAACCAGUUGGGUGACCUUGGGAAGCCCCUUAGUAGUAUGAAUCUUGAUGAGCUUCUCAAGACUUUAUGGACUGCUGAGGCUAAUAAUCAGACUGGGGAAGGUGUUGACGGCGUGACAAAUGUGCAGCUUCCGGGCCAGUCCGCGCCUGGGUUGUCGUUGAAUCAGCAGUCGAACCUUAUGCUGUCAAUGGAUCUGAGCAAGAAGACCGUGGAUGAAGUGUGGCAGGACAUCCAGCAGGGGCAGAAAAGGAGCAGUCUUGAUAGGAAAACCACUCUUGGGGAGAUGACAUUGGAGGAUUUCUUGGUGAAGGCGGGGGUGGUCUCUGAGUCGGCCGGAGGGAAUAAGGUUUUAGGCUCCGUUGCUGAUGGUGGGGCUGAUCCGACAGGGAUGCCUCAUCAUGCUCAGUGGAUGAAUUAUCAGAUGUCUUCUAUACAUCCUCAGCAGCAGCAGCAGGGUAUGCUGCCUGCUUUCAUGCCUAGUCAUCCAGUUCAACAGCCUAUUACUCUUGGUGGAAAUUCGAUCAUGGAUGCUGCUUAUCCCGAAAUGACUAUGUGUUCAUCCCCUUUAAUGGGUACUUUAUCGGACACACAGACACCUGGGCGUAAAAGGGUUGCUCCUGAUGAUAUAGCUGAGAAAAGCGUUGAAAGGAGGCAGAAGAGGAUGAUCAAGAAUAGGGAAUCUGCAGCCAGAUCACGAGCAAGAAAGCAGGCUUACACCCAUGAACUGGAGAACAAGGUUUCACGUCUGGAAGAGGAGAAUGAGAGGCUCAAGAGACUGCAGGAAGUGGAGAAGGCGUUGCCGAGCAUACCACCACCGGAGCCGAAAUACCAGCUGCGUAGAACGAGCUCAGCUCCGGUCUGAGGAUCGUGUAGGUUCAUAACGUAGUCGUGUUUGUUAGUUGUUUGGAGUUUACUAGUUGGGGGGUAGAGUAGCAGCUGGCUGUCUCGUGCCCCAUUGAACCUUCAUGUAUCAUGUACAUUUUUAUAGUCUCACAAACUUGUUCCAACUCUGUUAAUUAUGGGGUAGUUUAUAGGCACCAUGAAUUUUUGUCGACAAAUGCAGGAUUCAACAUAAACACUUUUUUU